AUGAGUCAACCGAAUACAGACGAGAACCAGGAAAUAGAGAAUGAAGAUUCACUCGUCACGGAGAUUCAUUCGACAACCGUCCAGGAGGAGAAAUCUGGGAUUCCAGCGGCUCUCGACGAAGACAGAGAGCUACUGAAAUUACUCGAAUCAGAGCACAAGAAACGCCAAACGCGCUUUAUGGAUGCAAGGACGGCGCUUAGCGAACGACAAUCGACGCUCUGGCAAGCGGAGGCUCGCCAGAUCGAGGCGCAUCGUCUCUAUACACUUUCCAAGAACGUGAUGGAUCAAAUAAAGCGCGAGGGGCAGCUCAAACCGAGCAACCGUGGACCAAGAGACGAAAACUCUCGCCAUGGACGCUCACUCUCGUCCAUGGACAAUUCGCGCUCGGCACUCGUACAGCAGGCCAUUUCUACGCUCAAGAAUGCCAUCGCAGAACUUCAGGCGGCCAAUGCGGACCUUGUCAUCGCCCAGCGCAACGUCGCAACCUCUGAGGCCCUUCUCCAUUACUGUGGUCGCAGCCUGCAUGCCGUCGGGUUUCUAAAGAACACUACCAAGAGGUUUAUUGAUGAAGAAUACUCCGCUACCUUGCCAACUCCGCAACUACCCGACGCGGUGUGGCAGCGGAUAUUUGGAAUCAUGGUCGCCGGCGACGCUGAGCUACCACGCGAGCCUCAGGAUAUAUGGGGGGAAUGGGAGUUUGAAUGUACUCCCUUGGUUCUCUCCCACGUCUGCAGCUCAUGGAGGCGAAUCACGACAUCGACUCCGGCGCUAUGGUCUGGCGUCCAACUCGUCUUCACUAAGGAGCGAGCACUGCGACCAGAUCUCUGGAACCGUAUCAUUGGACUUUCCACAGGAUCACCCCUUACAAUUUGUAUCACCCUUACCUCGGAUAUCGGCAACCUCGCUGGUCAGCUAUCAGAGGCGUUUACAGACGAUCACUGUGUACGCACCAUCAAAUGCCAGGUCACGGACAACGCUAUUUCCGGUGUCAAGUCACUACUGGACGCCAUACCGGCCUCACAAAAUAUGAUCUUCAAGGGCCUCAACGUCCCAAUGGCCGCAACCUCAAACCCGGUCAAAAUUCCUUCGAAGCACGCCAUGAGUGUAACAUGUAUCACCGUAUCCAACCUGGUACUCGAGAGGGCGCCACCUUUCUUCAUGCUUCCCCCUCCACCAUGGCAGCACCUACAAACUCUCGCUGUCGACAUUCCUUCCCUCUUGCGCAUCGACGUCGGCGGUACCGCUCCAUCCCUCCGCAGAAUAGUGAUUGCGCAGCCGCCACAUGGGGAACAGCUACCGUCCUGGUACGAUUCGGCCGUUGCAGGCUUCAAUGUCGAAGCCAUAACCGCGUCCGAGAUUGCUGUUCACCCCAUGUCGCGAGGUCACGUCCCCACUCUUCUGCGCUAUCUCGGUAGACUGAGGUAUGCUCGCCGACUCGAGCUUUAUGGAACGGCAAUACAGCCUAUCCUCACCGCCCUCAAAGACAAUGCAGAUAGCGCACAGAAGAUAUGGUUGCCAGCGUUGACGGAACUAAUUAUCGCAGACUAUGAGCAACAUGGACCCGUGUUGGGUUUGUAUGUCGCUCAACGGCUCAGUGUCGCCCAACGGAGCCUCAUUGCUCAGGGAGAACAGAGGAUUGUACCAUUGACGCGCGUCGUUAUCAGAAGAUCCCCCAGUAUUAGCCAAGAUAUUGUAGAUUUGAUAGAACAGCAUUGUACAGCAGGACGAAAGCUACUUGGGGAAGAAAAGAGUGCUGCCCCACAAUCUGCCUAG